AUGGCUCUUUUAUACCUUCGUUAUCCUGUUUUCCUUGACAAUUUGGCUCUUCUCUCUCAAAAGUUUGCCGACCCCUGUCCUAGACCAUCGACGACGUCCGAUUCUAGGGAGUACAAAAAGAAAAAGGAAACCCAUCAAUACCCUACACGUCCUAGGCCAUCGACGACAUCCGAUUCUAGGGAAUACAAGAAAAAAAAGAAAACCCAUCAACACCCUACGAGACCUAGACCAACAACAUCUUCUAGUUCCAGAGAAGUCAAAAAGAAGAAAGAAAUCCAUCAAUAUCCAACAAGACGCCGAGACACAUCUUCAGAACCAAACAAAGAAACAAAAAAGAAAAAACGACAAAGAGAUACUUCCUCUGAAUCCGAAAGAAGUAUUGUAAAAAGAAAAAUCACUCAUCAGUAUCCUACACGCCAGCGAGAUACUUCAUCUGAUUCUGAGAGAGAAAUAAAAAAAGAAAAAAUUACACAGCACUACAAGAGACCACAUAAGACAAGUAGCAGUCUACAUCAAAAACGUCUUAAAGAAAAUACUACCUCCAGUGAAUCAGAAUAUUGUGAUACUGAUGAAUUUCAAGACCAACAACACAGGAAGAGAAGAAAGGAAACAUCAAGCUCUGCAAACAAACAAUUUAAAAAGAGAAGAAAGAAUGGAAAAAAAUUACCACCUAAAAAACAACUAAUUUAUGAACCUCCUAAACCACUCAAAAGGAAACAUGAACCAGUAAUAAUUGGUGAUGAAAUUGAAAACUUUGAAGAGGGAAUAACUCUACAUCUUCAGAAAUUACAAAAGCAUCCUCAGGAACAAAAAAGGCAUUAUCAGGAACCAAAGAAGGACUUUCACAACUGA